AUGCCUUUCGGUAUCAAUAAUCCGCUACCCUCCUCCAUGCGGAGCGAGUGUAAGAAAGCGGGCAAGAUUCUGGCGUCUUUCGUCGACCCCAGACAAAGCUUCGGCCCGGACAAAGUGAUCCCUCCAUCGAUCCUCGCAAAUGCAAAGGGCCUAGCAGUCUUGACCGUUUUCAAAGCUGGGUUCCUCGGUUCUGGUCGACUUGGUUCCGGCGUUGUCGUCGCACGGCUUGCCGAUGGCUCGUGGUCGGCUCCGUCGGCCGUUGCAACUGCAGGAGGGGGUUUUGGUGGUCAAAUAGGCUUCGAACUGACCGACUUCGUUUUCAUCCUUAAUGACUACAACGCCGUCAGAUCCUUCUCCCAAGCCGCCUCCGUCACUCUCGGUGGGAACGUUUCCAUUGCCGCCGGCCCAGUUGGACGAAAUGCAGAGGCUGCUGGUGCUGCCAGCUUAAAAGGCGUCGCGGGCGUCUUCUCGUACAGCAAAACAAAGGGACUUUUCGCAGGUGUCAGUCUGGAGGGCAGCGUCCUGAUUGAGAGACGAGACGCGAACGAGAAACUCUACAAUGGUCGAGUCACAGCGAGGCAACUCUUGGAGGGUGCUGUCAGACCUCCUCCUGCGGCAGAUCCGUUGAUGAGAGUACUCAACACUCGGGUAUUCUCAGGUGCGGCCUAUGCCGACAAUAUGUACAACGACAUGCCAAUAUACGACGACCAGCAUGAUGACGUUGUUUGGGAAGGGAGAACUGGCGAGGCUUAUGGUGCCAAUGUUCGCAACAACCGCUCUUCGACCAUGGGCUCGGCGGACGAUAACUACGUCUACCGCGAUAGUCCAAGUCAGGCUCGACGAGCCAAUACAUGGGCUGACGAUGUUUACGAUCGUCCGCCCGCUGGCCGCACUAACACCGGCAACAACAGUAACAGCAAUUUCGACACCUUCUCCAACCGCAGUCGAUCAAGCACGCUGCAGAAUGACCACAACUAUUCCGACAAUAGGCCCAAUAGACCAACGGCUCCGAAACCAAUUUUCAAGCAGAAGACCGGCGCGUUACGUUCAGACCAAGCGAUUGCUUUGUUCACCUUCGACCCCGACCAGGAGGGAGACCUCGGUUUUAAGAAAGGAGAUGUCAUAACCAUCACGAAACGGACCGAGAGCAAGUCUGAUUGGUGGACGGGGCGCACAGAAGAUGGUCGUACUGGGGUCUUCCCCUCCAACUAUGUCGAAACGGCUUCAUGA